AGAGAGGGUGCGGGCCCGGCUGCCGGAAAGGGAGUGACGCACUUCCGGCCCCGCAGCCCUUCGCGACGGCGUCACUGGGCACGCGCCGUGCGAGGGUGUGCGGUGGCGUCUGCGCAGUGUUCGCCUGGGCUCCCUCCCAGGAGAGAUUGUCCUUGUACCAAGCUACCAACCUAAGUUCACUUAAUGAAGAGCUGGGAUGAGAUGUGUAUCAUCAGUUUACCUGAGGCAGUAUGAGCACUGGUGCCAGAAUCAGCCCCUUAAAGCUCCUGAGACUUUCUCCAAGACAGAACUGAAACAGGUCAGAUAAUGACAGCUGUGUCCUUGCCAGCGGAGUCCCCGGAAUCAGUGGCUUUUGAGGAUGUGGCUGUGUACUUCACGAAGAAGGAAUGGGCCAGCCUGCUGCCUGCUCAGAGGGCCUUGUACAAGGAAGUGAUGCUGGAAAACUAUGGGAUGGUGGCUUCCCUGGCACCACCGCCCAUCUCCAAACCAGCCCUGAUCUCUCAGCUGGAGCAAGGGAAAGAGCCGUGGUUCACCCGGCCACAGGGAGCCCUAAACAGGAGGGCCCGGAGAGUGGUCUUUACAGGGUACAUCUUAAAACUACGAAGAUUUACUUACUUAGCUAAAAUGAUAUCACGUGCAAUAAAAUUAAAACUUCUCCAGAGUCGUCGUUGCUGGGAAGACAGAACAAAGGCUUAAUUCUUGAUCUUUAAAUACCAGUUUUCCAAGUAAGGAAUUGAUUAAAGAGCUACCUUACAUGAUGUCAAGGGCACGUUGUAUCUCUGGACUUGCAGGUUUCUGUAGGUUUAAUGUUUUCCAGUUCAUUAAAGUUACUUACUUUGAUGUACAAA